AGCUCACUGUGAAAUCGAUAAACAGAUCCUGCAAUCCGGCUUUAUAUUGUACUACCAGGAUGCGAGGAAUGAAUAUCAUCUCCAGCUUUCCAACAUAGUGGCUCUCAACAAUGUAGUGCAUUUGGGUUGCGGCAGUCAGCCAAUUCUUACACUUACCUGUCAAUUUGACUCAAGGAGGAAUACAUAUAGAUUCGACAAUUCAUAUUCAAGCAGAACUUGUAAUGCUAAUCAAUUAACUGUAGUUCCUGGUAAUUCAGUUGCACGAGGGGCUUGCACCAUGCACCAUAUAGGAUUUAACUUCAACCCAAACAAUAGAUUCCAAACUAAAUUUUUACAGCUUUACCGAUCCUGCUAUAAUGGCAAUUGGAAAACCCCCCAUUUCACCAUUCACGAUAUAAUUCACAGCUCAGAAACUGCUACUCGGAACAAUAAUUUCUCACCGGACGGUCUGACUCCAGCUCAAUUUGCUGCAUUUUCAUGUCGCGGUGUUUUUAAUGCCUUUGAACGGGAACUGGGAGCGGGCCAGCCAUAUGUAACGAGCAAUCAGUGUUCCAUCCAACGAGGACAUUUAGUUCCGAACAACGACUUCUCUUUUCACAUGCUACAAAAAGCUACAUUUAAAACAAUGAAUUAUGUCGCGCAAAGUCAGAAUCGAAAUCAAGGUAGCUGGAAGAUUGUCGAAAAUUGGGCACGAAGUCUUGCCGCACAGAACCCAACUAGAACUUUAAGGGUUUGCACUGGAACACUUGAUGUAUUGCAAUUGCCGAGCACCAGCAAUGUUAUGACACAAGUUUUCUUAUGGCGAGAUACAGCUCCCAGAAUCCCAAUUCCCCAGUGGAUGUAUAAAAUUGUUGAUCACAAAUAUGUCUUCCUAACCUACAACAAUCAAUUCGCUACAUCUUCUCCGAAUCCUCAAAAUUUUAACAUUUGCAAUCAAGUUAGAUGUCCUUCUGGUCUAAAUCUAGGCAAUAGGCCUUUUACUUUUUGCUGUGAUCAUACACAUUUUAUAAGCCAAGUAGUUCCCUACUUGACUGGUAUUUGCUAAAGGAACUUGAACUAAACAUUUAAUCGGUCGCCCU